GGCUCGGAUUGGUUGCCAGCAGACAGACAGGACCGUGCACCCUCUCCCGCGGGAACAACACUCGAGCUUUUCCAGCAGUUUUUCGCAUUUUCCAUCGCACUUCCAUCGCUUAACGCUUUUCCUGCGUUACCGACAGUGAGAGAGAGAGAGAAUUAGAGUGACAGCUUGCGCUGUUCCGGACCGAGCAAGACCGACAGAACCGGGGGUUGUUUGUUCUUUGCGGUAAAAUAUACUCUCGAGUGCCCUGGACGGCGGGGCGGAUUCGCUCGAAUGUUUGUUUACUCUGAUUGCGUCACGUAGAACAUUGUCCACCGGUGGAAAGGAAGCGCGAAACGUUUUGGAAAGGAAAGUGUUCAAGUCCUCCAUUUUUCGGCGAAGGAAAAGCCAAAUUUUACCAACACAACAUUUAGUGCCGUGCCGGGGAAAGUGAAUAGAAAAUCGAAAUAGCAAUCGAAGUGAGUGAGUUUUGUGUUCCAAAAUAGAAACCCCUUAGGUCCUUGGGCGCCCAGCCGGUGCGGAGAACGGAGAUUGGUCUAUCCGGGUGUUUAGCAGCUGCAGUUCGUCCGCGGAAAUUGCCUAAGGGGCAUCGAUUAAACAAAACAACCACACCACACCAAAACGACACGAUGUCCUGGAGAUACGCGUAUCUGACUCACUAUCGGAAUAACGAUAAAAUGGCCGACCAGACGACGGGCCGGCAGCUGCAGCGAAUCCUCCACUACUCGGUCACCCCGUGCCGGCCCAUGCUCGGCCUCCGUCGCUCCGAAUGUGCAUUAUACGACGUUGACUGUGAUGAAGUCUACCCCAGGCUGUACAUUGGUGAUGCAAACUCAGCUAGAAACAAACAGUAUUUGCGACUGAUCGGUAUCACGCACGUGCUCAACACGGCGGAAGGAACACGCUUCGGUCAGGUCGAUACGGGCCACAGCUACUACCGUGACAUGUCGGGCAUCAGGUGCACUUUCAGGUACAUGGGCUUCCCGAUGAUCGAUCAGCCCUCGACCGACAUCAGCCGAUACUUUUACAUCGCCUCCAAGUUCAUCGAGAACGGAAUAAACAGUGGUGGUAAAGUGUUGGUACACUGCAUGAUGGGUAUGUCCCGGUCGGCAACCUGUGUGCUGGCGUAUUUGAUGAUCGCUCGCAAGAUGACGGCCGCCGAAGCGGUACGGACUGUGCGGAUGCACCGUGAUAUACGCCCGAACGAAGGAUUCCUACAGCAGCUGGCCGAUCUGGACAACGAGUUGAAGCGAGACCGGCUGUACUAUUGACUCGAGUGUGGUCAACGGAUCAGGAAGAAAUAGAACCGAACGACCGACCAACCGACCGGCAGGACCGCACCGAUCACUGUUAAUUACAUUAAUCCGUUAAAGGAGUACCCACGGGUUGUUAAU